AUGAAUACCUUUGAUAAAGAUUUCUUACAAUUCCCAAACGAUAUUAUACGUAAUGUUAAAGAUAAUCAGACAUCACAGGAACUUAUUAACCUUGACCUUAAUAUGUUACAAGAUAUAGUGGAUAUGUACAUAUAUAAUGGAGAAUUACUUAGUACUAGUUAUAAUAAGUUUGGACCCCCAAGAUUUCAAUAUAAUUAUAGAUUAACAGAUAAUUUUGAUACAUUACUUACUAGAGGUUGUCCAAAUUGUGGUUCUGCAUAUGAUAUAUCCUAUUGUAUUUCUAAAUAUCAUAAACAACUAUUAAUGGACAAAUCUAAUAAAAAAGUAGAGGGGUAUUUAGAAUGUAAAGUAUGUAAUUAUAAAGCAACAAAAUUACAUUCACCUAAUGAAAGUGAUUCUAUUUUAGAUUUCCUAGAAAAAUCUACAACUACAAAAGAUUCAGAUAUAUAUGAACCUAAUAAAGAAAUUUAUAUCUGUGGUUUUAGACAAUAUCAAAAUUUUGAUAUAACUGGUAAAUGGUGGCAAAAUAAAGAGAAUAUAAAGAAAAAUCUUAAAAAUACUAAAGAAAAAGGAAAAGUGGAUUCAGAUGUAAUAUUAAGAACUUUAGAUGCUAUGGAAAAAGCUAAAGCUCCUAAAAUUAAGGAAAUUUGUCCAAAAUGUUCUCAUAAUGAAGCAUUCUUUACUCAAUUCCAAGCUCGUUCAGCAGAUGAAGGUACUACAGUUAUGUAUGAAUGCUGUAAAUGUCAUUAUCGUAGAGUAGUAAAUAAUUAA